CAUGCUGGUGUUCUCCGGUCUGUGCACUCAGCGACCUCAGACGAGGAGAUGGUCAUGUGGGUGAAGGGUUUGACCUGGCUGGUGUCUGAUACGCUACGCUCCCCCACACCCCUGCAGAUAGAAAGAUGGCUGAGAAAACAGUUUUACGCAGUGGAUCGCAGCAGGGAAGACAGAAUUUCCUGUAAGGAUCUGAAAAGUAUGCUGUGCCAGGUCAACUACAGAGUUCCCAAUAUGAGGUUCUUACGAGAGAAACUUCCGGAUGGAGAGCUGAGGAAUGGAGAUGUAUCAUAUAGUCAUUUUGCGCAGUUGUACCGCAGCCUGAUGUUUGACGCACAGAAAUCAAUGGAGAUUCCACUGCUGCAGAGGCUUAUUGAGAGACCUGAGCAGAAGAUCUCACUGGAGGACUUCCAGAACUUCCUAAUUGAACAUCAGAAGGAGCUCUGGGCUACAGACAAUAAUAAGGUGCAGGAGUUCAUGCUCCACUACCUGAAGGAUCCUCUACGAGAGAUCGAGCAGCCAUACUUUCAUCAAGACGAGUUCCUCACGUAUCUGUUCUCUAAAGAGAACACUAUCUGGGACGUGCAGCUCGAUCAGGUGAGGCCAGAGGACAUGAACAACCCCCUGUCCCAUUACUGGAUCUCCUCGUCCCACAACACCUAUCUGACGGGAGACCAAUUUUCCAGUGAGUCGUCUCUGGAGGCGUACGCCCGCUGUCUGCGGAUGGGCUGCAGAUGCAUCGAGUUGGACUGCUGGGACGGUCCUGAUGGGAUGCCUGUUAUCUACCACGGUCACACCCUCACCACCAAGAUCAAGUUCAACGAUGUGCUUUCCACCAUCAAAGAACACGCCUUCGUUACGUCUGACUAUCCCAUCAUCCUCUCCAUCGAGGACCACUGCAGUAUUGUCCAGCAGAGAAACAUGGCCACCUACUUUAAGAAAGUGUUUGGAGAGAUGCUCCUGACCAAAGCGGUGGACAUCUCAGCCGACGGUCUCCCCUCACCCAAUCAGCUCAAGAGGAAGAUCCUGAUCAAGCACAAGAAAUUAGCUGAGGGAAGUGCGUACGAGGAGGUCUCGUCUUCAACGCCCUACUCUGAGAACGAUAUCAGCAACUCCAUCAAGAACGGCAUCCUGUACCUGGAGGAUCCCAUCAACCAUGAGUGGUAUCCUCACUUCUUUGUUCUGACCAGCAAUAAGAUCUAUUACUCUGAAGAGACGUCAAGUAAUCAAGGGAACGAGGAUGAGGAGGAGCACAGAGAGGUGAGGAAAACACAAUCUCAGGAAUACAAAUAUUGGUGGAAGGGAGACUAUGGCGGCAAGAAGCAGCUGUGGUUCCCUGCGAAUUACGUGGAGGAAAUCAGCCCGACGGCUGCGGAGCCUGACAGAUCUGCCACAGAGAACAGUCCUCUGGGAGAUCUCCUGAGAGGAAGUGUGGACGUGUCUUCCUGUCAGAUCGUGGUCAGGCCUGAAGGGAAGGGCAGCAGACAGUUCGUCUUCUCUUUGGUCCCUGUGGCUUCACCUCGCACCGGCCCAGUGCUGGACAUCGCAGCCAGUUCACAGGAGGAGCUGAAGGACUGGGUGAUGAAGAUCCGCGAGGUCACCAUGACCUCUGAAGCCAAGCUUGAGGAGGGUAAAAUGAUGGAAAGAAGAAAGAAGAUUGCUUUAGAGCUGUCAGACCUCGUCAUCUACUGCCGACCGGUUCCUUUUGAUGAAGACAAAAUCGGGACGGAGCGGGCCUGUUUCCGGGACAUGUCCUCGUUUCCCGAGACCAAAGCGGAGAAGUAUGUGAACCGUAUCAAAGGAAAGAAGUUCCUGCAGUACAACCGGCUGCAGCUCUCGCGGAUCUACCCUCGCGGUCAGCGCCUGGACUCGUCCAACUACGACCCGUUACCCAUGUGGCUGUGUGGCAGUCAGCUGGUGGCCCUUAACUUCCAGACCGCCGAUAAGCCCAUGCAGAUGAAUCAGGCGCUCUUCAUGCUGAACGGCAGGAGCGGUUACGUGCUGCAGCCGUCGAUCAUGAGAGACGACACCUUCGACCCGUUUGACCGGCACUCUCUGAGAGGAGUGGAGCCCAUCACAGUCUGCAUAGAGGUUUUGGGAGCACGCCACCUGCCCAAACAUGGUCGAGGUAUCGUUUGCCCUCUCAUCGAGAUCGAAGUUUGUGGAGCAGAAUAUGACAACGCCAAGCAGAGGACGGACUCUGAAGCGGACAACGGUCUGAACCCCACCUGGCCCAGGAAACCCUUCCGAUUCACCGUGUGCAAUCCUUCCUUUGCCUUCCUGCGCUUCGUGGUCUAUGAAAUCGACAUGUUCAACGACCAGAACUUUCUCGCCCAGGCAACGUUCCCCAUCAGCUGCCUCAAAACCGGCUACCGGUCUGUCCCGCUCAAGAACAGCUACAGUGAGGAUCUGGAGUUGGCGUCCCUGCUGGUGCACAUGGACAUCGUCAGAGGAAGGCAUGAGAAUGGCGAGAUGUUGAGUCCCUUCUCGGCGGCGGGGGCCAUAGCCAUGCAGGUGGGCCGGGAGCGUACGGGGGACACCAGCUCCGUCUCCUCCACGUCCCCCCUGCCCUCGUCUCCGGGCCAGGCUCUGGGAUACCACGGGCGGGAGGGCUCGUUCGAGGCCCGCUACCAGUCCCCGCUGGAGGACUUCAGAGUGUCCCAGGAGACGCUGCUGGACCACGAGAGCAGGAGGCUUCGUAGGGCUCGCGUCAGCGCCGACAACCGUGCGUAACCCGAGCGGAUGAGCGUGCGACAGAUGGACGGAGCGGACGCAAGGCCAGCGACAAGGGUCCCACAGCUGAUGAUGUCAAGGACUGCCGUGAAACCCGUUUCUAAGGAAGUCGUCAUCGCCAGCGUUUUCGGACAGAUCUCCCUCUCUCUGCGACUCUCUCCCGCUCAGGGCCGCGCGAGUGGCAGAGGGGCUUGCGGAGCGUGAUGGAGCUUUGGCUCACGGACAGAAACGAACAAUUAUCUGCUUCGCUACAAUCUGAACCUGCGGACGGGGCGGGGGGGUUCUGAUGCUGCGCGAGACUCGAGGACAGCGUUUGGGUGGACGACAAAGGCCAAUGUUUCAAAAUUGAGGGGGGGUUGUAUCGUUCAUCACUUUGAAACCGAUUCCAGGUUAACAUUUAUGGAGUAAUAAUACUUUUUCUUUACUGUAUCUCUCUGGCUUAUAUAUAUAAAUGUGUGUGUGUGUGGUUAGAAAAACGUUGCAGCUGAUCUGCUCUCAAAGAGCAUCUCACUCCAGAUCUUUAUUUCAUUUCAGAUUAUUUUUUAUUAUUUAAACGUUUUAAACUUUCAUAAUGUCAUUUUUUUUCUAUACGAGUAUGUUUUUAACAUGAGGGCUUGGCCUUUUUAAUUGCGUGUCUUGCAUUCUUGCUCUUUCUCUUCCCUCUGUCCGAGUUGAUGGACUAAAGUGUUUGACACGUCCCAGGAUGUGCUUGUGUGUUUUUGUGACAGGCAGGUGGCAGUAUGGGAGAUCCCAUUGAAGUAGUCUCUGUCUGAGCUUCAGGAAGAUGUUCUUCGGCAUUUAACAACCUUUAUUUUGCUUUAAAAUUAAAUUAUGAAGUUAUCAAGUGACCAGAGAGCAAUAUCACUCUCCUUGUUUUAUGUUUUGCCAGUCUGCACGGGUGGACUUGAAUUCACAAACAGCUCAGGUGGGGGUUUUGGGCUACGAGAGCUUUGUGGAAAUGUCGUGUAUUUAGUUUACAGAACAGAACUUGGACCAUCUCAUUUCAGACCAUUUUAUCCCUCUAAAACCAUUUCUGUGAUUUAUCGUUUACUGUUCCUCCACACUUUAGCAAUUGAAAAGUCUUGUUCCUGAAGGCUUUUUAUGGUGUAGUCUUAUCAGGUCAAAUAGGGAGGGCAUUUUAUGUAUGAUUUAGUACCUUUAGUAGCAUGUUAACCAUGAU